GAGAGGAGGGGGGUUGGAGAAAAGAGGAGAGAGGGAAAAAGUUGGAUCUGAUUUGCUGAAAUCGCGCAGGACCGACUGAAGGUGGAAGCGGCCGGUUUCACAUGAGCUCCGGCUGGAAGCUUUCUGCAGGGGGUGACUCUCCCCAGCACUCUGCGCCCUCAGAAGCGCCGCGAAGCUCCGCGUAAAGACGCACGGAGGAACAGAGAGAGAGAGAGCGAGAGAGAGAGAGCGAGAGAGAGCGAGAGAGAGAGCGUCCUAGCAGCGGAGGACGCGCUGCUCCAAGUUGCUCCUUCUUUUAUUUUUUAAUAUUUUUUUCUUUCUCCGUGCCGGCUCCUGCAAAUAUAUAGCAUAAAAAAAUACAUUUUUUUUUUUAUCGGCGGUGGCGACAAUCUUUGGAUCAAAACUAUUCAUGGAUAUUCUUGGAUAAUUUCCUUUCGGAUUGCGGCUCCGCGCGCUCUCACACACACACUCUUCUCGCAUGGUGCGCACCGAUCGGUCCAGGACGAUGGAGUGAUCGGAGGAUUAAGUCCACCUACAAUCACCUUUUUUUUUUCUUCUUCUUCCUCUCUCUCUGUGUGCGCUCAGUCGUCUCGACAUGUAUUCCCCGAUUUGUCUAACUCAGGAUGAAUUUCAUCCCUUCAUCGAGGCGCUUCUCCCGCACGUCCGGGCCAUCGCCUACACCUGGUUCAACCUGCAGGCCCGCAAGCGCAAGUACUUCAAGAAGCACGAGAAGCGGAUGUCCAAGGACGAGGAGCGCGCCGUGAAGGACGAGCUCCUGAGCGAGAAGCCCGAGGUCAAGCAGAAGUGGGCCUCCAGGCUGCUGGCCAAGCUGCGCAAGGACAUCCGGCAGGAGUACCGGGAGGACUUCGUCCUCAGCGUGACGGGCAAGAAGCCGCCGUGCUGCGUGCUGUCCAACCCGGACCAGAAGGGCAAGAUCCGCCGGAUCGACUGCCUGCGGCAGGCCGACAAAGUCUGGCGCCUGGACCUGGUGAUGGUCAUCCUCUUCAAGGGCAUCCCUCUGGAAAGUACGGACGGCGAGCGCCUCGUCAAGUCCCCGCAUUGCACCAACCCAGCACUUUGUGUCCAGCCGCACCACAUAACAGUGUCGGUCAAGGAGCUGGACUUGUUUCUAGCGUACUAUGUCCAGGACCAAGACUCGCAGCAGUCAGGAAGUCCAAGCAACAAUGAGCCAGGCAAAACCCCUCUUCCAGUAAACCUCACCUCGCCUCCGCAAACCCCCGUCCUGUCAGUCUCUACUGUGUAUUUGGAGGACAGCUUCAUCAAAUCAGGAGUUUUCAGCGUUGCGGAGCUGGUGCGAGUGUCCAGAAUGCCGAUCACCCACGGCGCAGCGGUACCCUUCUCCAUGGCUGACAUGCCCAGCCAACCCUACUACCAUGACCUGAACUCCAGCGUGGCACUACAACGCUCCCUGUCCUCCCCACCUGGCAGCAAAAGGCCCAAAACCAACAUGGAGGAGAACAUGGAUACCAGCCCAACGGGACCCGACUUCUACUCAUCACCCAGCUCACCAGCCAGCAGUCGGGCGAACUGGCACGACAGAGACGGAGAGAUGUCCUCUCCCACAAUGAAGAAGCCGGAAAAGCCGCUGUUCAGCCCCACCUCACCGCAGGACUCUUCGCCGCGACUCAGCACUUUCUCUCAGUCUCAUCACCCGGGCCUAUCAGGCGUGGGACACAGUGUUAUAUCGUCGAGGAGCCCCCCCUCACACUCGCCCCUGCAGUUCUCGGCGUCGGCCAUCCUGCCCCCGGCGCCGUCGUCCUACUUCUCGCACCCCACCAUACGGUAUCCCCCCCACCUCAACCCCGCCGACCCCCUCAAGAGCUACGUGCCGUCGUACGACCCGUCCAGCCCACAGAGCAGCCAGCCUAACAGCAGUGGUCAGGGGGUUGGAAAGGUCCCAGGCCACUUCACCCCCGUGUUGGCUCCAUCCCCGCACCACGGCCCUGUGCGACCCGUCACGCUGUCCAUGCCUGACACCAAGCCCAUCACCACAUCAACAGAAGGCUACUCAACUCCUGGCACCCCAACGUCUAAUCGUUUUGUAGGCCUGAGCCCUAGAGAUCCUGCCUUUCUCCACCAGCAACAGCUGAGGAAGUGUGACUGGAGCGUGACUCAAAACGGCAGGCAUUAUGGCCCCAGUGCCACUGACGACACUUUGGGGAUUACUUGGCAAAGUCCUGGUACCUGGGCGAGCUUAGUUCCAUUUCAAGUGUCGAACGGGACUCCGAUUCUGCCAACAAAUGUCCACCAGAACUACAGCAUAAACAUCAUUGGUGAACCGCUGGUCCCCGCCGAGACCGGGAACUGAGCACGCAGAGGCUUGACCCACCCCCUUCCCUCCCUCCCCCCCCCCACGUCCACCCAGGGUGGAAGCGAGGUGCAGAGCUGGAAGUGCAGGUGUCUGCAGCCAGGGAUGAAACCAGCAAAGCAGCAGGUGCUGCACAAACCCCCCCCUCCUCAUCCCCCCACCCCCUUCCCUCAAAACCUCCUAAUCCCAGUUUCACCUUGUCCAUCUUCCUGCUCCCACUCAUCUUCCUCCUGAUGAUGAUGGACGAUGGCCCUGAAGUGAAGAUGAUGAGUGGAGAGCUCAGAGGAAGGAAGGAAGGAAAAAGACAGAAGAAAAGCUUCAGGUCUGAUGUCUCCUCGCACACACCCACCAACCCACCCACCAGUCAGUUGUUGCGUUUGCAGGACUUUUUUUCAAUCCAUCUGAAUACUGUGAUGUAUAGAUGCCUUAAUGUUUAAUUGCAUGACACUCUAGACUCUAAUUCCUACUUAUUGUUCUACGUCAGAGGAAGGUGACAACCAUUUCGAAACGCCCCGCACCACACACACGCUCUACCGAGAGGGGGGGGGGGUCUGCAGAUAAAUAACCUGCCUGGUGGAUGGCUCAGAGACUCUGAACGAAUGAACGAUUCACUGUGUACACCCGUAGGAACAAAACGAAAAAAAAAAAUUGUGAAUUCAGAGUGUUUUUUUUUUUCUUCCGUUUGAUUUCAGUUUACUGUGAUACGACUAUAUUUGUUUUUAAGGAGAAAAAAAAUGUGUUGACUUUUUCUUUACUGCUACUUAUUUCAAGAACUAAUGUAAACAUUUAUUGAGAGAGUUAAGAACUCUCAAUGCAGUUUUUUUUUGUUAAAAAAAAACACUAAAUGCUAACAGCUUGAGAUUUGACCCCUCCUAAAAAAAAGAAUAAUACGACUCGCGAGUCCUUUUCAAAAGGAAUGUAAUAAUAAAAUAGGAAGAAAAAAGAAGAAAUUUGCGACAGAGGCAAGUGCAAUUGAAUGUUUUUGAAGGGAAGCUAUCAGUCUGACUGCCCUAAGACUCUAAAGGAAGGGGGAUAGUUAUUAAAUGUUUAAGAAUUUGAUUUCAGUCACAUAUCCAUCUCUUCGCAUGAGUAAAAAGCGUGAAAGGCAGUUUGAAGGCAAGCAUAAAGCUACCUGUGCAACAGAAAAAAAAGAAAAAAAAACAGCACUUAAUCUGAUCUGAGCACUUCCCAUGAUGAUGGGCAAUUUUAUUUUUUCUCAAUCUAAAAUAAGUCGAGAAAUUACACACACAAAGUGUGCGUGAAAGAGGCAUUUUGUUUCAAUUUAAAAAAAAAAAAGAAAGCAUUUGGCCAUCAGCUUAUAAAGCUUAUGUGUACAGUUAUUAUCCAUGCAAAUGUACUGUAAUGUUCAUGGGUAAAGCUACAGCUUGUGCAAGGUGAACUCUAAAGUGGAAGAGGCUGAAAACUGAAUUUAUAAAUCCAGGUGGUGGCAUAUCCCCGAAAUCAAGAUCUCUGCAUGGCAAUCCCACAGCUGUUGCCCCUCCAGUCCAGACAUGAAAAACAUGCAUAUACACACACACACACACACACACACACACACACACACACACACACACACACAAGAAAAAAAAUCUCUCCGAUACUCCUAAUUUUGCACGACGACAUAUAGUCCACAUUACGUGCCUUGCCUUUAAAUAUAGAGACAUCACUACAGUUGUUUUUGCUGCAUUUAUCAUUAUAGAGAGAGAGAGAAAACAAAUUAACAUUUUUAUGAUAAGAAUUGUUUUGUACUUUGAAUGAAAUUGUUGAUUUUUAACUUCAUGUACUACUCUAUCUCACAGUUACAUUGCAUAUCAAGGCUGUGUAUAGUUGCUGUUUUAAAGUUUGUAAUCUACCAGCAUUUGGUUAUUUUUUUUAUUUUUUUUCAGUAUUUUGGUGGUUUUUCUAAUAACCUUUCAUCUUUUGUUUUCUCUCUUAUUUCAAUGCUCAUUUUGUUCAUCUUCCCGUUACUAUUGUGGGGGGUGGAAUUCAGAAAAAUGAAAAUUAUGCAAUACCAAGUUUUGCCUAUGUAGGUAGUGCUUAUAGAUGUGUCAAUUAUUAGAGGCUAGUUUGGAGAUAGAAAAUAUAGUAAUGCAUUUAUUUUGUUGAUAUUGUUGUCCGUCGCUGUUGUUGUUGUUGAUGAUGUUGUUGUUGUUGUGGGUGUUUUCCUUUUUCUUUUCUUUUCUUUUUUUUUUAUUGACCAAAGUGGGGACUGCUUUCUAUGCAGUGUAAGGAAAGGUCGGAUUUGUUUUUCUUUUCCUCCAGCAUUUACUGAAUGACAGUGAAACAUUUUCUGUGUAUUAUAUUUUAUUUUUUAUUUUUGGAAAAGGGUGAGGUUUUUCUAGAAGUCUGUAUAAAAAUAAUAAUGCACCCUUUUUAGGUCCAUCCACGGCUGCAAAGUCACUAAUUAGUCAACUGUGACUAGGCAUGGGUCGGUUACCCGUACCAGGGGUUAUCAAGUUUUUUUUAAAAGGUUUAAAAAUUUCCCGUCAUACUGUUUUGAAGAUUUAAAGCGCUUUUAAUAAGAUGAAGCUCAGAAUGAGCAGUUUUUCUCCUGCUGUAAGAAGCGGAGCGAACCACGUCACUGUCCCUAUCAAUGCACCACCAGUUAGCUAGCUAAAUAAAAGCUACUAUGAUGCUAACCAGGUUACAAGAAAGACAAAUUGGACUGGACAAAUAUUUCCAGAUGUGAAAACACAACUGCUCCUUUAGUUACCAUUUCAUGAGUAGUAACUAAAGGAGCGGCACCCUUCAUUGUUAUUAAAUACAGUUCAGGCAAGGCCCAUCCGCAUGUAGCUCAACAAGCUAAUAUACGCUUGUAAUGCUCCCAGUGUGAUUUUAAAAAGAGCAGAUUGGCAAAAAGGUUUUAUAUUCUGUGAAUUAGACACUUGAUGAUGAACAACCCUACUGCUAAAAUCAGGUUUUUGCUCUAUAUUUUAAUUUGGAUAUACCAUUCUAAAUAGAAUAGUAGCUAAAAUAGUAGCUAGCUUAAUAAAGGCUUCUACAUUUUCUCUUCGCUUACAAGGAAGAAAGGAAAAUUAAACUUUUUCCUUAAAAAGUAUUUCCAGAUGCAAAACAACAUGGUCCAGUCAUUUAAUAAACAUAAAGGAGAGCUCCCAUCAAUCUUAAAGUAAUGCUAAGAGCAGAAAGUCCGACUAAUUUUCCAGCUGGUGUUAGCUAGCUAUACGAUUAGCCUUCCAGCAAAAAAGUUGUUUACUUGUAAACUAAAAUUUUUGGUGUUUUGUUUUCUAGAUGUUUGGUUAAGUUGACAUCAAGGUCAAAACUAAAUUUUAUAGAUAACUUUAUAGCAGUGAUAGUUCAUAUUUUAAAUAGUUUUGCUAGCAGUAGUAAUAAUUGUCGCUUUCGUUUUAUAUAAAAGCAAUUAGAUAGUUUGUUUUAAAUGUUUUCGUAAAUGCCGCAAGCGUGUUAUGUUUAUUCAAAGUCAUACCGACCCAUGCCUAACCGUUACUCUUUCUUUCAACUUUCCACCUUGGGUGCUAGCAUGCGACCUUUCGAAAAGGAGCUCAUAUAUUUUACAGGAGAGACGGCUUGACUUGAGCACGACAAUCAUUUUAGGAGAUCAUUUUUAUCCCGUAGAAUCCUGGUCGGUCUCAGAUCCCAGAGGGCUUCAGCCACGCCCUUUUGUUUGUUAUUUUAUUUCUUAUUUUUUCGGGAGACGUCAGCAGAAUGCAAGUCCCGAAUAGAUGCCUUAACGAAUACAUCAGUGAAGUGGCCUGUGACCUGCGCAACAAUCACACACCAACUAAUGCUAGUGAGACCUGUCAAAAUCAGUUCCAGACAGGCUCGGGCAAGCCUUUAGAGAGUAUUUUAUACCUAGCAGAUUUGUAUAAAUGUAUAUAAACCAUGUGCACACAUACUCCCCUUGCAGAACCAGUAAAAAGUGUGUUAAAGAAAUUAUUGGACUAGAGAAGAAUGUUGUUUUAAUGGCCGACUAGAAGCUUAAAUAGAUUCCAUUAGAUCAAAUAUAUAUAGCACUUAAAUACAGCACAUAGGCAAUCAUCUUCUCCCCCCCGUGCAGUGUUCAGAAGUCUCAAUCUAAAUCUCUCAGGCAUAAUACAGGGCAUUAUGUAUAUCAAUCAUACCGCUGUUAAUGUAGAAAUCAGAGUUUUCUCUUUUAGAGAAACAGCAGCUCUUUUGCACUCUUUCCCUACAAUCGCGAAAGAAGCGUCUCCUUUUUUCGGAGGGUUUGUAAAUUCUCUCUCCGGUGUGGGCAGUUACAAAAUGAUCCUCAAGUCAAGCUCAAGCUCUUCGUCUUCACCCGGAUUUAUUAUGCAGAUUGGAAGAAGCAAUGUCAUUUUCAAAGUGUGGCCCCCAUUCUGUUUGUGCACUGUUCCGUCUUUUUUGGUUUUUACUUUGGAAAAGAAAAAGUGCUUUGCAGCCAUCGGCCAUCAGAGACCCACUGAAGUGCAUUGUCCCCCAAGUGUGUUUGUACGUGUGUGUGUGUGUGUGUGUGUGAGAGAGAGAGAGCUGAAAACAUGUCAGGGUCACUGUGCUGUCAGUGUUCGGUAAAACUGGGAGACUGUACAUAAAGGUAAACAUCCUGAUCGUGUUGCUAGCUGUAGUCUGGCGAGGGUUAAACUCUCUAUUGCAGCUGAAACGUGCAUGCAAGGCGAGAGCCUGUGUUUGAGUUUGCGAGCUGGACGUCGUGCGAUCGAGUGCCUCUGACGUUACACGAAAAGAGAAGAUGAGGGUCUUUAUGUUUAAAAAAAAAAAAGAAAAAGAGAAAAAAAAAAGCAUUUUAUUUCUUUUAAAAUCCUGCCGUAGGACAGGAGUUUGUACACUGUAAAACUUUCUGGGGAGCUUUUCUCUGAAGGUUGUAUUUGUAAAUCUUCAUUUGUUGGGGAAAAAAAAACAAGUCAAUUCCAUUUUAGGAAAAGAAAUUGAUUAGAGUUUUAGCGUAUUUUUUAUUUUUUUUAUUUUAGAUGCUGGAUUUGAGUUAGAACUCUCCAGGUUACCCCGAAUAGCAAGCUGAAGUGUUUUCAUCACGUUUGUAUUACUGUAUGUAAAGACAAAAAUUAGAAUGUGGUGGGUUGGAGAGAUGGCAGAUCGUUAAGAAUAAAGAACAAUGAAGGUUUUUUUUAUUAUUACUAUUAUUAAUGUUAUUAUUUCUCAUUAUUCCUAGCGCUUAGAUCUUACUCUUUUUGGGGGGUAAAAAAAAUCUCCAUGAAUAUUUGAAUUGUACUUUAAUUAGUGUGGCCAUAGUAAGUGUGAUGUGAUGUUUCUCAGAAAUUGUUAUUUCUUUCAUUCUUCCUUCCUUUCUUUUUUUUUUUUUUUUAUAUUUGUUAAUUUUGUUAGCUUUUUGUUUUCAAAGAAGUGUAAAUUCUUGUCCAACAAGCGAGUGGUGUGAAUGUGUUUGUUGUAGCAGCUGGGAGGUGAUGUCAACCAGUAAAAAGCAAACAAAAAAAUAUAAAAAUAUAUUUAAAAAAAAAUACAUAAAAAAUUAAAGACCCCAGAUUGCAUCUGACGUUAAAUGGAUGAGAAGCAGGGUAAAAUCUCCAGUGACAAACGUCCUAAACAUUAAAACGUUCCCUUUCCUUUUGGAUCUGUGUCAACCUGUGCUAGCUGCUGGUCGCUUUAUCCCUUCACUGCUUCGUACCUUAACAGAUUUGGUUGUUUUCUACCUGACAUUUUGGUUCAAUUCGUACCCCUUCAUACCCGUAUUAAUCAUAUCAAAAGGCUUUCUUCUGCCUGCACUACUAUUUAAAAUAAAAAUACAUGAUUUAAAUUUUGUUUUUUAGAUUUCGCAGGUCAGAGAUGAGGACAUGCAGUAAAGACUAUAGCCUCCGGUUUUGAUUUCAAGCUAAAAAAAAAAAAGUGAAUUAGUCUUCAUUUAUGCGUCGAUAAUCAUGUACAAUUGAUGUUAUGUCAGUCAGAAUAAGUGCACAAAGCUUUGUUACAAAUUAACAAAACAGAGCAUCUUGUGGCAGUCGGGCACAGAAACAACCAAAUCUGCAAAAGUACAAAAUGAUGAAGGAGCGAAGCAGCCGGCAUGCUAGCUGAUUUAGCCGGCCAAUUUGUUUUUUGAUAAAUCAUUAAUCGUCUUGUCAAGAACCUCCAAAAAAAAAAAAAAAAAAAAUAUCAGUAUCUACACAUCAGUCAUUUUGCACUUUUCACAUGCUUGAUGUACUAUAGAAAACCCCCUCGUUUUACACUUACAACCUUUGUAUAAAUUUAAGGUGCUUCACAUUAGGGUACUUUACUUUUCCAGCUGAGGUAUUUUAUUUUAUUUUUUUUAUUAUUUCCAGCUUGAAUGUCAGAAACUUACUGAAACCUUAUAAAACUGUAAACAGUGUUCGGUGUAUCUGCAGCAACGUGUCAGAUCAUUGUUAUUUCUGUUUGUUUCUUUUUUAAAGUAUUAAUACGCUAAAAUCAUCACAGAGGAAAAGGGGCAACCGUGCGCAAGGAGGACCUGUGGCACUCAUGCAAUACGCGUGGUCUUAUUUUGUGUAACGUCGGGCGCUCUGAAGGGACCGAGAGGCGUUCAGGCGUAAGGGAAACUUCACGUUCAACCCACUCGAGCAAUACACCUCUUCCAUAUUUUUGGCUAGCUGCUAGUCACUCAACGUCAGGUUUUAAAAGCAAACGUGAAAACCAGCAUUUUUACACGAUGCAAGAGGAUAGCGAUGCAGUGCCUGCCUUAGCUGUCCAGGCGUCUGUUGUAUAUAACACUAGAAUGUGAUAGACUUAACUUUGCAUCACUCCGAGGAGAGUGCGGCUAACUCAUCUGGAAAUGCGUUUUUCAUUACAUGCUCAUGGAUUUUUAUUUUUGUUUUUUUUGUGAUCUAUUCAUACUCUUCUUGUGUCAGCACACAUGUCCAAGUCGAACUUGUUUAAGGUUUAAAAAACGAUUGUUCUUUUUCUGGGGAGUGGAGCAAAAAAAAAAGGGUCAGUGCUACAUGAUGUGCAGUGAAAAGAUGAAGUAAUGUAUUUUCUUUCCUCUGCCGAGCUAAAUUUGUUGUUUGUUGUUUUUAUCUUAUUGUUUUUAAUGGGAGUUGGGGGUAGUUGGGGGGGUCUUGUGGCACUUUCUCUUCACUCUGCACACGCGUUUCGCUCUUAGGAACUACAGCGGAAAUGUACGUAACGAACAACAACAACACCAACAACAAAAACAGUAUGUAAGCAGUCUCCAGUAGUGAUCGUAGUUACACUGCAAGUGUGUUCAAGGUCUAUGUAUGUAUCUGAAUGUAUGUUUUAGAGGAUUUUUUGGAAACCUGUAUUUUUUAUUUUAUCUUUUUAAUUUACAGUUUAGGAGCCGCAGGUGUCCAUUGUGAACUGUAUAGCGAAGGCCUUGAUAUCCCUUCUUUUUAUUGAUUUUUAGUAAUGCGAAGCAUUUAGGCAACGCCUUCAAGCUGGUUACAUUUGAUGCAGGGGCUAAAAUUGCCACAAGAUUAAAAUCAGUGUAAAUAAAGGCUCAACUUUUUGUGAUUGUUACUGUUAUAUCCAGCCUAUACUGCUAGCAGCUGUUUUUACUGCAGUCAAUUACUGGAAGUGGAUAUAUUUCCUAUGCAAAACUGUUUAAACAAUAAAAUGAGCUAUGCUACAAAAAACGA